UGGGACCUCCAAGCAUAAUAAUUGGGGGCUUGAGCGGCCUGGUGCUCGUCUUCGGCUUCGGACUUUGCGGUCCUGUUCUACCAAGGGAGCCGAACCAAUGCAUGAACAGUCUGCCCGUGGGCAAGACUUUUGUUUACAUGUAUAAUGGCUUGAACAAAAUUGAGAAUGACGAUGUAAACCAGGAAGUUAGCUUCUCCUCUGAGGUGAUCGUCUCGGUACCAGCUCCAUGUGUGCUUGGCGUACGAAUGCGAUCGGUUGUUUCCCCGCACCAGAAAUUCGUCGAGACCCUUGAGAAGCAUCCGAUAGAGGUUUACAUGGACAAUGGCAUCGUCACUGGCAUCAAAUACGACCCUUCCGAGCCAGCGUGGGCUGUCAACAUCAAACGAGCCGCUGUAUCCAUGCUGCAGGCGCCCCUAGAUGCACGAGAAGCGUCAGCCGAAGUUAGUGAGCGUGAUAUUUUAGGUGAAUGCGAAACUUCCUACACGGCACAACCAAGCGAGGACUCGUUUGCCAAAGUCACCAAAACGAAAAAACUUCUGUCCUGCCAGGGACGCUUCCAGAGCGAUCGCGCCGUCUUCUUUACCCCUUACAACGCGCCAACUUCGGAUAUCCGUACGAUUCCGUUAUCGUCCGGCACUUACAUCUGCCACCAAUUCAUUAGCAAGGAAAAUGGCGUACUCAACAAGGCCGAGUGCCAACAGAAAGAAAAAUUGUACCUUGACCAACAAUCAUCAACGAAACCUGGUGUCAUCUCGACGGUUUCUGCUGAAUCUUCAAUUAGUCUGCUUCGCGAAGAGAACGGAGCUCACAAAGUGCAGUCCAAAGAUUUCCGAAAGUCGUCUCUUACUUUUGACCACCGUUAUGCUCAGGAGCACUCAGCUGAUUCUCUCGUGCUGACUGUCAACCGCUAUUGCGAAGCUAUGCGCGGAGACGUCCGCCCCGAGACCGGCAAACUAUUCCAGGAUCUCAUCAAGUCGAUGCGUAGCACGUCGUUCGAAAAGAUCCUUGGCGUCUACCAGAUGCUUAACUCCAAAGCAUGUGAUACGGAUAGGUUGAAGAAAGCUUUCCUUGACGUUCUCGGCAUGGCGGGAACUCCCGGAGCUGUCCGAAUGAUGGCGCAAUUCAUUGAGAACGGCGAAAAACCAGAACACGAACAGAAAUGGUUAGCUUCGUUGGCCUACCUUAUUGCUCCUACCGAGGACAUGAUUGAGGCGUUCGUGCCAGUCGUCCGGAAGGCGGAUACCGCAAAGGCCAAACGUGUCUUCCUCCCGGUCGCUGCCAUGGCCAACACCUUCUGCAAACUUCACGGCGAAGACUGUGAGCGCACACCAGCUAUCCAUCAUUUGCUUACCACUCUCGUUCACAAACUUCAGUCCGGCUGCUCAGCUGACCGUGCCUACGUAGUCGCUGCACUAAAGGCUAUCGGCAAUUUGGGAUUUAUCGGUGAACAUGCCGACUCCAUUAUGGCAUGCAUGCAAAAGGACGCUACCGAUGUACGUCUUUACACCCUCGGAGCGUUCCGUAAAGUGUGUAAAGCCGAACUAACCAAUAAAAUGGUGACCAUCUACUCGGAUCAAGCUGAAGAUUCUGAGGUGAGAAUUGCCGCCUACCUGAACGCCAUACGGUGCGCUGACUUUGACGUGAUGAGCAAGAUUGUCAAAGUCUAUGAAAGCGAGAAGACCCAGCAAGUCGGCUCCUUCGUUUACUCGCACAUGAAGAACGUGCUUGAUUCGGAGUGUCCACUCAAAGCUGCCUUGAAACAGCUCAUUGCUUCGUUCCCGAUCUCGUCAAAGUUCUCGAAAGAUCCUACUAUGUUCUCACAGCAUUACGAGUUCUCGAAAUUCUACGAUUUCGUCAAUGUUGGAGCAACUGCCGAUACAUCAAUUAUCUUCUCGCCAAAAUCUUUCCUUCCACGUUCCGCCGUAUUGAACCUUACUGUUGACAUCUUCUCGAACUCGUUCAACCUCCUUGAGCUUGGAGGUCGUGUUGAGGGUCUUGAGGAUACUUUGGAGCAGUUGAUGGGCCCACGUACCGAACUCGGCAAAACGAUCACGUCUGAACUGUCUCGCCUGAGGCGAGCCACCGCUGAAGACACUAACGUCAAGCUGUUCGACAAUGACUUCAAGGUGAAAAAGUCCGGACAGAAGAUGGCCUUCUACAUUAAUGUAUAUGGCAAUGAAAUUGACUUUAUUGAGUUUGAGUCGAUGAAGGAUUUUGCCACAUCCAUGCUAACUUCUGCCAUCAACAUUGCUAGCUACCACCCUUCGAACCUUCUAAACGAAAUUGUGCUCAAAGGUGAGAUUGAUGUGGCUAAAAAUGUCAUCCUUGUCGAUAACCGUGUGACCGGUGCCACCAUCUCUGGUGUAGGCCUUGCCGCAGACCUGCGCGCUGUUUCCAAUGUCGUCAUUAAGGCUUCUGCCCCAGUGUCAACUGACAACAAGGAGAUGAAGGCAACCCUUGAACCCAGUGCUGUUGUUGAAAUCGACGCUUCACUGACCCUCGAUGCCGGCGUAUUCCGUCACGGAGCCCGUUUUGCUUCCACCGUUCAUACUUCAUCCGUCAUUGACGUACUGAUUGUUAGGUCUGACAGUGAAUUCAGGUUCCGCUUUAACACUCCUCGUGAUAAAAUUGAACUUUUAAAUGCACGCUCUGAAGUCUUCGUAAUUCAUGGCGAUUAUGAAAGCCUCGUUGAGCCUGGUACAACUCGCACGCUUAAUGGCUGCACCAUUCAGCUACCCGAGGUCAUUGGAAUGAAGGUUUGCAUGGCUGGAAAGGUUCCCAAGCCUUGGUAUAUCGCACGACGCGGAUUUGUCAAACCAUUCGAUUUGGCUGUCACCAUUGAGAAGACUGACAAGAUGAUGGAGGGCAUAGAGUUCAAGAUAAUCAAGACCUCAGAUAAGUUCUCGGUCACUUUCGACACUCCUGGGUCUGCCGUUGACCGUAAGCGCGAGUUUCUCAUCCAAAAGAUGCCAGCUGAUGAAACUGGCUUACAGAUGAUCGCUCAGUGCCCUAAAAGACAUGUCCGCAUCGAAGCCGCUUAUCCUGGAAUGAACGGGGUUGGAAAUCCUCGCUUUGUCGCAACUGUUAAGGACAAGCAGACUAAUAAAAUCGAUGUGUACUCACUCGUGGCCUCCUUCAAAGAUCCUGGAGGUCUCCACUUAGUGGCGAAGUGCCCAUAUCUUAGCGAACCGGCAACUCUAGAUUUUGCUCAAGUCUCUAACUCCAUAGAGAUCACAAGCAACUAUCCCCUCGAUAAGCCACUUCGCAUUAAAGCCGAAAUUGGAAAAACCAAUCCUGGAUAUAUAGCAGAAGGUAGUCUGGCGGUGAAGGGUGUAGAUGCGUCUACAAAAAUGAUUUUCGUCAACAAUGGAGAUCAUAUUCAUGGCGCAUUCAACCUUGAGUACACUCUUGAGGGCAAGAGAACGGAGAAAGCCUCAUACGAACUGAAGAUCAAGGGGGCUGAUACUGAGCGCGGAUACCACUAUAAUGGUGUCUCCACCUGGACCUCCACCUGCCAUCCUGAUUACAACAAUAAGGCCACGUUUGAUGUGCUCCGCGGUAGAGAAAGUCGCAGACACAAGAUGCAGGUCUGGUGGGGCGAUCAGUUCCGCGAUGAGAGUAAGACGCUGAAACUCAACUUCGACGUCAAGAAAAAAGGUGACUUUGGAUUCGGGCUCACUAGCACGGUACAGCUUUUCGCUCAAGCCUACUCUCCGGCAUUCGGUUUUAAUUGGGAAGCAAAGUACAAUAACAAAUUCGACCUACAGCAAAACCCUCGCAUCACCUCAGAACUGUUCGUGAUGUCGCACGGUGAGACCUUAGUGAAGUUCGACUUCCUCUUCGACCGCCAAACACCAAAGACAAACAUCCGCGUAUCUCUAGUUGCUCCUCAGACGCGUCUAGUUUUCAACGACAAUUCGGAGGAAAUCGCCAAGGGCAAGUACAAAGGUGGUACUGAUAUCGAGUGGGGCAACGAAGGUAAAAAGCUCACGCUUAAUUACACCACCGAGAUCAUGUCCAACGGAAACCACGAGCUUUCGUUGCAGCUUCGUGCUCCCGGAAUGAAGCCUAUCCAACACCGCCACUUGAUCCGAAUUGCCCGAGAUCUAACCUUACAGACCGAAACUAUGAUCGAUGGCAAAGAGUACAUUGUUUUCGAAGUUAAGCAAGAAGAUCAGUCAUUGGCAUUCAACUUCAUCGGACAGAAGAUUAAAAUCAACUACAAUCGUGUCGUAAAAGGCAAAGCUGUCGAUGCUAAGCUCGACAUCAUGUCCAAAAUUGUCUACACCCGCCCUAUCAGCCUGGUAGUCCACAAGGAUUCCCCUGGAAAGAAGACGCAUAAGCUAAGUGUUACCUUGCUGUGGGACGCUGUGGCUAAUCCCGACAAAAAGCUGAGUAUUGUUCUCAACACCGACCGUGAAGACGGAGUCAAAACUGACCUUAAGAUUGAUAUUGCUUACUUUAUCAACUUCAGCUAUAACGGCGUGUAUGCGAAGGGCUUCAUCAAAGGGCCUAAUCGUGCCGAGUUCCAGCUUAGUGGCCCCAAGAUUGAGACUCAUCAGCUAGUCAUUGGUCACGUUCACACUCAACCUAAAGGUGAAGGCUAUCUUAUAUUCUCUCGUGGAGGCAAGGCGGUUAUUGACGGCAAAAUCGGGCAUGAAUUCACUGAGGCUCAGCGCAAUUUUUACCUUAUAGUCACUGGCGUCAUUAACCGCAAGCUGCAGGUCACGCGCGACCUUGCGAGCAAUGUCCUCACGAUCGAGUUGGACCGCGAUGGUAAACUGUACCAGUUGGUCGCAGACCGCAAAACUGACUACAGUAAGGGCAUUAUUGAUCUGAAAGUUACUCUUAAACUUCCCUAUGAGAAUUUUGCCUCCCAAGAACUGAUCGUUAAGGGAACAAUUAUUGACGGCAAGGUUGAUAUUGCCGUAAACUUCCUCGCAGGAAGCGGCCGUAACUAUAACCUCGCAAUCACUGGAACCCGACCUAAACCGCGCCUCGCAGACCUCCAGAUUUUGAUUAAGACCGACAACGACGAGCUGAAAGAGGGCAAGGCGCACCUGAAGUAUGAUUUGACCGAUUUCAACAAUGUUGACGUUGAAUUGACCAUCGAAACCGAAAGUGACAAGGUUCUCGAACUGGACCUUAAGAUCGCCGGCACAAGCUAUUAUGAGCGCAGUGGAACUUUGAAGUUCAGUUCAAAAUGGACCCCAUCGUACAUCGUCACUCUAAAGCGUACUGGAGAUGAGAAGAAGUUUGUUAGCGACAUGAGCAUCACUAAGGACGGCAGCGCGGAUUAUAUGACAUCCCACUCCGAAUACGCUGACACUGGUGACAAGAUUACGUUCUUGGCGAAAUCGAGCGGGCCGCGCGGGGAGUUAGAACUAGACUUCGAGAGGAACACGUUGGCAGGCGAUAAUCAUCUCACUUACAAGCUUAACAUCAAAAGAAACGAUCACGAAUUAAAGGCUGAUGCAGAGACUCAGCAGGUCGACGGAUUUAAGAUCACUUCCGUCAACGUGUGUCGUACUCCACUCGAUGCCAACUGUGUCGGGAUCACGGUUAAGCGUAACCUCGACAUUGACCUCUUCCGCAAUAACGAGUUGAACAUCAAAAUCCACCGGAAACCCGAUGUAACGUUUGAGGUUGAUUUCAAGACCAUUAUCCCACACCACACUCACAAGGCUAAGCUGCGCCUAGUCGGAGCUAUCAACCAGUGUAAGCUUGGCGUCGAGUAUAACUGUGAUCACUCUACGCCUGCCAUUAGCGAGCAAUCUCUCCGAGGAUUCGUGAUUGAACGCGAACUUCUCGCCACCCGACGUAGGGAGCAGACCGACAAACUGAUUGAUAUCAGGUACACCGCUGCCUUCGAUGCCAAGAAUGACGAGAAAUUCGAUCUUCACUACCGCCGGGAGUACAAUGACAAAGGUGGCUAUACUAGCAAUGCUAAGCUCAGCCACCCCAAAAUGCGAACGCCGAUUGAGCUGAAGUCUAAGGUUCUUCAAAACGAAGAUCCCAACUCGAUUAUUCGUGUCGAGAGCGAAUUUCAGUGGUAUGCUCCCGAGGAGACUAUCUUCCUUCACUAUGAGCGUCGGCUCAAUGAUGAGACUCCACGCAACCGAUCGCUUCACCUCCAUAUCUACAAACAGGAUAAGGAUGAUUUCGACCUGCACAUAACGCUAUAUAGAAGCCAGGAUCUGCAAAAACCUGUAUUUGCUGGUUACUACUGGCGCUAUAUCACCGCAAAGAAAGAAGAGCGCGUUGGCCAUAUGAAGGCCUACCUUGGUGAGGACCUUAAGGGUUACAUCGAUUUCCAAUCGCCAUAUCAGGAAAACUUUAAAAUUACAGGCCAAGCUAAAAUCCUUAAUGACGACGGGGACAAGGAAGCUGAGAUUGUUCACCUCAAGAACGGCGUGGAGACCAAGGGCAAGAUUUCGUACAAUCUUCAAAAGGCGUACAUGAGGGGCAUUAUUUUUGACGCUGCUGGCACCGAAAAGCGUGAGAUUGAAAUUGACGGAGGCCGCAGAGAGAAGGGACGUUACAAGAUCAUGCUCAGCAGCUUCCCUGAGGGCAAAAAGACAACCGACCUUGGCAUUGAGCACACCAGAACCAGUGAAACUGCCUUCCACAGCCGAGUCUUCUUCCCACCGGAGUAUAUUCAACAAGUUGCCCAACAAGCAAAGGACAUGGCCGCGUCGCGCGCACACAGCUAUGCGCUUGAGGAUAUGAAAGAAGAGUUUAAGAUGCGUAAAGAUGCUUUUUGUUUCAAACUGAGAAAAAUUUUCGAGGACAUGGGCCAGUACCUUAUUAACAAGGUGACGCAUAUCUUCGUUGAUAUUCAGAACUGUCUAAGCCACCUCAUCAACAAUACGACCGUUGGCCAAAGACUAAAGCAGCAUCUCGAGGCUAACCGUGAGAAGAUUCUUGAAAUCAUAGAGAAACUACGAACUGUGCUUAGGAAGUGCUGCCCGAAGCUGGAUGAGAUCGUUGGUCAGAAACUAGAGCAAGUGUUUCCAAAGAGGAGCCGACGAUCGGUCGAGGACGAGAAAGUGAAUUUCGUGAUGUACCUUGCCAACCGCGUCGAAAUGUUUAUGGACUGGGCUGAGCAGACCGCUGUCGUUCGGGCUGCCCGAAGUGUGUACGAGGGAGCUUGCAACGCUGUCAACUCCGCAUUGAAUCAAGUCUACCAUCUGUUCGUCAAAGCUAGGGAUACUUUCCUCGAGCUUCCGGACAUCAAACAAAUCGCUGAUACCUGGGCAGAGCUGUACGAUUCUAGCUCUGUUGGUCACAUGCUACCCCGUGAGGCCAUUAGCACGUACAUUAUCCAGCCUCGUGUAGAGAGCUGGAAGACGCACGCGCCGAUUAUCGAAUUCGACCGCAAGGCUGGGCGCUUCGUGGCUGACGUUGACGUGCCUGUAGAUGCCAGCCAGAUUCUCCAGUACUGGGCAUACGGUGUUAGGCCUGCCCGUGAUGAGAAGAAAGAGUCCGCUGUCGACAUGAUCACGAACUCACUGACCCGAAUCUACGACGGCCACGCAACUGUCAUCGAUGGCAAGCACUUUAUUACAUUUGACGGCAAACACUAUUCGGCAGCUGGUGAAUGCUCGUAUUUGCUGGCGCGUGACUUCGUCGAUGGCAACUUCAGUGUCGUUAUGAAAACCGGAAAUGAACUUGCAUACGUUGUCCAGAUCGACAAGCAGUUCUUCGAGGUCAACACUGCCCAACAGACAGUAACCGUUAACGGCCAACCCAUAGACCUGCCAUUUUACCGAUUUGGUGAUAUCUUCGUGUCGCGAAUCUUCGACAAAAUUGUCAUCAAGGAUGCCCGCACGCUCCGGUUCACUGUAUUCCUGUCACGUAAGACCGCCACACUUGACCUCCGCGUCUGGUACUUCGGCAAAACGGCCGGCCUUCUUGGUAACUACAACCGUGAACCAGAGGACGAUUUCACGUCGCCGUCUGGCGACCAGAUCGAAAAUGAGCAACACUUCCUGAGGAGCUGGGAGACAGCCCAGGGUUGUGGUUCAAAGACGCUGCUGUUCCGUGAGCGCUCCGAAGACGUUGAGUCUACCGAGCUUUGUGACAAUAUGUUCAAGAGCGACUACUCGCCUAUGUCGUUCGGCUUCCUACUACGCAGUGCUGACCAGUAUUACGAUCUCUGCAUGAGAGUUGCGUAUGCGGCCACCCACAAGGUUGAGGCCGUCUGCCGAGUGGCGCACGCAUACCUGCUCGACGUCGAGCGAUACGGGGAUCUUCCCGGCUACCUGGGCACCCGUCUGCCCAACGAGUGUCGUAAGUAAACACCAGUUUCAAGUUUCAUCUCUCACUGCCCAAUGCAACACGCUGUAGGUUUGACGCUGACAAAAACCGGCCAAGCCAACGCUGCAGCGAAACCAACGGGGCUUACACGGCAACAACAAGCUAAGUAACUAGUAAAUAUUGAAUGCAGACGGUACUAUUGCAGUACUCAGAGGCAGCAUCUCUCCAACAUGUGUUUAUAUUUCUUAAGUGUCAAUAGAAGAGGAAGAAGAAAAAGCAGCAGGCAUGACCGAAGUCAAACAAACAUGUCAAUAAAAAUUUCGUUUUUGUA